AUGCGUCAGCCGUCGACCGACACGGUCGACAAAGCAGUAUGCACGGAGGAGAGCGGCGCGGCGCGGCUGGAGGCGGUGCUGGUCGCGCUCGUGGAACGCAAGGCGCGCGCGCUGCACGCCGAGCACGCGCGGCGGCGCGCGCGCCACCCGCUCCUAUUGCUCCUGCGCGACCACCUGCCAGACGAGGAGACGUCCAUCAUGGGCAGUCCUGGAGAGGAGCUGCCGGCUCACUGGUGCGAGCAUGAGGCGUCUAGGCACAGGCAAAAGAAACUCAAACUGCACCCACAUCACAGAGAGCUAAACAGUCCGGAACAACUGGAACUGGAGCGACGCAGGCGGCGCCGACGACGUCACCAGCAGCAGGCGCAGAAACCGAGGAAACAUCGAACCUUGCUCGUCUCCGCUAUAGAUGAGCAGGCCAAAGUUAUACACGUACUAGACCCCGACGAGCUGCCGCGUCGUGCUCGCUACACGAUCAUGGUGACAGCCUGCUUACUUCUCUUCUUGUGUCUUCUUCUGGUCGGAGUCACGCUGAGAAUGGCCCCACUCAUCGAUGACAUGGGUAAGUGCUUUUGUAAUUAA